CCGAACUAGUCUCUCACCGACUGCCGCACGGUUCGGUCCACAUCUCAGAUCAUAAAAAAAGUUUAUUUGUCACAUAAACAAUAGUCCCUCUAAAUGAUAACCCCUUAUUUACCAUAGAUCCACUCGAAUUAAUUUUUUAUAAUAAUAAUAAUUAGUGUUAUUGUUAUUAUUAUCACACUUGACAAUAGUGACAAAAAAAAAAAAAAAAUGGUUGUAAAAUAAAGAAAAAGUAACUUUUUGAAAGUCGAAAGUGUGUGUGUUGUGUUGUAAGUGAAUUUGUUAAUUAUUUUAAAAAAAAUUUAUGAAUUACAAAAAUAAAACUAACGAGUGACUAUUCCGAGUGAUUUUUGUGAAUUUUUUUAUUAUUUUUAUUUGUGAGAGUGAUUUGAAUUUUUUAUUUUAUUUCUAAUCAAAAUAUAGAGCUGACUUUGCGGAAGACUCGUAAAGGCAGAGCGAUGAAUGGGUCCCGUGGGUCUGGGUGAUAAUUUGAGAAGCUUCCAGCGGCUACAAAGCUAGACGCUAGACCAAAUACCACCAGCUAGUAUCCAGCCAUGUCUGAACUACUUCUUGUGUUCCUCAUAUUUGGCCUCCAACUGGCAGCUGCUUACGCAGAUAAUUUAGGGUUAUUAUCCGGUACCUUAAAGACGUACCAACGAGCUGCCUGCGACGAGGAAACAAUGUCUCUGCGCUGCCCUCCCGGUACUUCAAUCUCAAUUACCUUUGCGCGUUACGGCAGAGUCAACGACGCCACGGGAAAAUGCGCCUCUGAUAAAUUGCACCCUUCUUAUGACUCGAGUGGUUCUGGUACAUCAGUUAAUGAGACAUGUCUCCUCACCCGCGCCCUCCAGUAUUCACUGUUGCAGACUGUCGUGGAAAUUUGCCAGAAGAAGAGGAACUGUAAAUUCAAUACAAACCCGAAAAAUUUUCAGUACGAUCCGUGUCCGCACUUGCCAAAAUACACUGAGGUCGCUUACAAAUGUCGCCCAUAUGAAUUUCGGAGCAAAAUAUCAUGUGAACACGACGCAGUUAAUUUAGUAUGCUAUCCGGGUAAACGUGUAGCUAUUCUGAGUGCAUCCUUCGGAAGAACUGAGUACGAAUCCUUGCAGUGUCCUCAACCGCACGGAGUCAAAGAAGAAACAUGCACAACGCCGCACGCAACGGAAAUAGUAAUUCAAUUGUGUCAUGGAAAAAGAAAGUGCUCAGUAACCGCAAAUGGAACCACAUUUGGCGACUUGUGUAAACCAGACACUCGACCAUAUUUGAAAAUAAUUUAUACAUGUGUGCCCCGAGGCGUGUUGCGAGAGCAAUUUGUCGGAGACAUUGAGUCGGAUGAAGUGGAUCUUGUGCCGGAGUUUGACGAAGGCUUCGACCGGACGGACUUCAAAACGGAAUUUAGCCCAAGUCCAAAUUUAGAAAAUCCUGAACCGCCGCCCAGAAGUAAUGAAACCAUUGAUGCGACAACUGUUGACUCAACUUUACCUCGGGCACGGACUAAUAAUGAUCUUGCAGAAGAGGAUCUUGUGAUGGUCGGCUAUCUCAAUGAAUGGAUUAAUGCAUACUCAUUUAUCACAAGAAAUCAAGAAAAGUUCUACCUCUACAUAAUAGUUUCGGUAGCGGGCGGAGUGAUGCUUUUCCUAGGCCUUGUUAUCGGGCGACUACUAAUUAGUCGGCAUCGAGCUAAACGGGAGACUAAAUUCCAGGAGAAUAACGAAACUUUGCCGAAUGGAUUUACUGAUGAAAUUUCCGAGAUUGACGCGGAUAUCGAUCUGUCAACCCCCGUUCCAGUUCCGAUGCCCGAGACUAGAAUACCAGAAACACAACUUUCAGAACGACUACACGGUACCGAGUGUUAUUACACCGACCCGCGAAUGCCGAUGCCUUCGAUGAUAGUCAGCGGGGGGUUGGGUGGCGGUGGCGUAGGCCUAGGUGGAGUUUCUGGGGUAGGUGGGGUCGGUGGCGUCGUCGGAGUACCAAUGCAUCACCAGAUGCCAAUCCAUCAUCCCGGGGUUCGUGUCGAUCUCGGCAAUCACAUGAUCGGCGCUGACAGCCUACACACAAUUUUAUCAACCGAAAACUUGCGAAAUAUACCGACGAACAAGAGCUACUAUUACGGCUGACAAGAAGACGGGGAUGUUCCUCUCCAGCAUCAGGGACGUCCCCUCUCUCUUAGCCACGUCCAUCAAGUCAGCACCCGAAAGUAUUGUUUUUAAAUAAUAAUUAACUAAAAUUAAGACAUAAUUCAUUCAUCUCCCAUGAAAAAAAUUUAUUUAAAAAAUAUAUAAAUAUAUAUAAAAUAUGUAUGACAAAUAUAUAUGGGGCAUUCCUUUGAAAUUUAGAUGCAUUUUUCAAAAGCCUGUGACUUGGUCAAACAUAAACCAAAUGGCAUUUUUUUUUAUUUUCUGUGUUCAGGUGUAGUUUUUGAAAAAAAUUACAGUAAAAUUAUUUGUAGGUAUCUUCUAUUUUUUGAAAAAAAAUCAAAAUUUUUUCGAGGAUUACCACUGUCAAUUAAUUUUUUUGUCUCAAUUUUUCAAACACUGAAGUCGUCUAUAAAUCCUCAAAAAUUUCCAGAGUGAUGCUUUGUAAAAUAAGCCCAACUGGGAAAAAAUUUUCUUUUCAAUUGAUAAAAAAAAACAGAAGGAAAAGUCCGCCCACUCUGGGAUUGGCAGGAAAAAUUGCAGAAUGAAUUGAAGAUUUUUUUGAGAAAAUAAAAAAAUGGCGAACUUUGAGAAAAUAAUGGUUUUUCUCAAAAAAGCCGAAAAUUUCAUAGAGUUUAUCAUCUUAAAAUUUGUAUGUAUUUUUUUCUGGAAAGUACAUUCAAAGGCGAAAAUUUUGAAAAAAAAAUCGUCCCAAUUAGUCAAUUUUUGAAGAAGUUAUAGAUAUUUUAAAAAGUAAAAGCCUUAUUUUUGAAAAACUCAUAACUUUUUUUGGGUUGGGUAGAAAAAUUUGAAAAUUUUCUGAAAAAUGGUUUUAAUGGGGUAGAAAAGAAAAAAAAUUUUUAGCCAAAUCGAAAGGGGGCGGAGUCAAAAGUGGUCAACUUGGCGUGGAAUGCCUCAUAUAUUUAAUAGUUAAUUUUUGGCCGAUUUUUAUAUAUAUUUUAAAUAUAUAAAAAAUACAUGUAGGAAAAUGUAAAAAAUAUAUAUUAAAUAUAUAAAAAAAAGUAUGAUAUUAAAAAAAUAAAAUGUAUAUUUAAUAUAUUUUUAACAUAUAAAAUAUACAUGAAAAUCGGCCAAAAGUUAUCUAUUAAAAAUUCAUUUUUUAUAUACUUUUUUUAUACAUAUUUAUAUAUAUUUUUCAUGGGGGUUAAUAAAGUAAAAAAAAGUACUUUUAUUUUUAUCUCAAAAGCCACAAGAGCACCUGGUUAUGCGACAGUGUAAAUAUAUGCAAGUAUGCGUGCCUGAUUUACGUGAGAUUUAAAGAAAAAAAAAAAAUAAUAAUAAUGUGUAUAGAAAUAUUGUAAUUUGCAUUGUUAUGUAUAUCAAUGUGUUGUCUAUUGCUACUUAAAGUUAAUUUUAUUGUAAUAUGACCGGCAAUAUUUAUAAAUUUAUAAAUAUAUGUAAAUAUUGUCACUCAUACACACACAGACACAUCUAUCACACAAUCAUGUUAUGUAUGUUAUCGAGAUACGAUGGAUUAAUCAGGGUAGUUGCUAUAAAAAAAAAAGAAAAUGAAAAAAAAUAAAAUCGUAUCGAUCUAUACGACUGUACAUUUACUGCCAGAAAUAAUUUUUUUUUUUUAACACUAAAAAAAAACGUUUGUACAGAAAGGGCUACUUAAAAUGUAAAUGUGAGAUUGUAAAUAAUAAUAAUAAUUAUAAUUAUCAAGGAAAAAUUAUAAUGCUAAUUGUAUGACGGGGUAGUAUGAGAAGAAAAAAAACUGAGUGGAAAUUGAUAAUUAUAUAUAUGGAUUUAAUUAGUUUAUAUUUAUUUGUUGAGAUGUACGAUCUGAGCUUUCUUAUACUUAUGAUUGAGAAAAAAUAAAUUUUUUAUUUUCAUAUUAAAGUAUGAUGGGAUUUUGUAGUCGAUAUGUCUUUGACCUGUCGGGUGUGUCCGGAAAAUAAUAUUUUUUGCACCUGCGCAGAAGUUUUUAUUCCUGAGCUGUUUGGCGGGACGGGGGUUAAAUUUUUUUGUUAAUGUGGGAAAGUGCAAAAUAAAUUUAUGUGGGUCAAAAAUUUUUUUAACGAUAGUAGAAAUUUAAAUAUUCGGCUGCAGAGUUGGAAAAAGUGGGCGGAAAAUUUUCACGUGACUUUGAAGGUUAUGAUUUUUUCCGUUGGUGUGCAAUGGCUCUGGUAGCAAUUUUUGAAAAAUUUUAUAUACAGAUAGAGAAAUUAUUCUCGUUUGAAAUGCGAUGGUGUCGAAGUAGAGCCGGAGUGUGAUGACCACCUGACGGCAAGUGAAAUAAACGCAUAGAAAAAUUACUAUGACCAUAAUAAAAUUUACAAUAGACACAAUAAUUUAAGAUAUGAUCGUUGUAAAUUUUACUAUGGUCAUAGUAGUUUUUCCAUGCGUUUAUUAACUCUGGUAGCCACCAUAACCACAAGUUAAUUCCAAACUACGGGCGGAAUCUGAAGUCAACUUAACAGCAAAAGUUGGAGUUCAAAAAGUUGCGGUUAAAUUGGCAGUAAAUCGUUUGUAACUUGAAUUCCAUUUGACUUCAAACGUUACUGUCAGAUAAUGACGUUAAGUUGAUUGAAAGUUUCACUUCAAAUUGACGGCAAGUUUUUCUGUCAAAUUGCAUUCAGUCUACGGCCGCGAAUUUACAUCAACUUGCACGCAAGUAUCCAACCAAGGCUUGCCAAAAACUUGUUGUUAAGGUGGCUGAAAAUGUUUCACUGCAGAACUUGCUGAGCAAGUCAUCAUCAGGGUAAAUUUCCGUCAGGUGGCCAACAUGGUCCGGCUCUACUAUGACACCAUUGCAUUUCAAACAAGAAUAAUUUCUCUGUAUAAACAAAGUUUUUGAAUUGAUUUGAUCAAAAUUCUUACCAGGACUCUAACUAAGAGAUCAAAAUUAACUUCACAGGCCCAAAGUUGCGGUUCGGCUGCAGAUUCACAAAAAAAGCAGUGGAAAAAUUAGUUUUUAAAAAACUAAAUAAUUAUUUAAAAACUUCCAGUAUUUCAAAGCUUGUGCUGCAGUAAUUGAAACUAAUUCUUGUGAUGAAGUAAUUACAAUUACAGACAUCAAAUUUUAUAGUUUCUAAUGUAUGAGAAACCUGUUUGCUAUUAAGGACUGAAAAAAGUCAUAUAUGAAACUGUAACGACUCAGAAAUCAUGUAAUUUUUACAGUUUUUAAGUAGAGGGAUUUCACUGACAUUUAAAACUGUAACUUUCCCACUUAAUUUUUUCCGUGUUUAUUUAAAAAAUUUUUACUUGCAAAUAUUCUUACAUAAUUAAUUACAGUAAGAUACUUUUUGUACAAUUAAUUUGGUGAUUAAUUGAUUUUAUUGUUAAAUUACUAAUCUGUCAACUUGAAACUUCGGCGAAUUUAAAACUUAUUAUCCUUUUUAAAUCUUUGCUCAUACAUUUUUUAUGUAAUAAGUUGCUCUAAUAUUUUUAAAAAAUACACUGAGGAUUAAGAAUAUUAUUAAAUUAUGUUUGAAACAACAUGAGUAAAAGUUUAAUAUGGAAAGUUAAAAUUUGUUGGAAUAAAAUUAGGUGUAAUGUGAUGUUAAAUUAUUUUAAAAGGAAUAAGCAGCUUUCCGAUAUCGACGUACGGAUAAAUUGUCGAAAGUUUUAUGGUUUAUAAUAUUUAAUGAGCGUGUAGAAGUUUACAGUUUUUUUAAGGGCUUAUUGAUGAGUUAAAAGUUAAAUAGCCUGGAUUGUACAUCUCAAUUAUGUAUAUUUAAGAAGUACACUUCCAUACUACUGUAUUAAAAGAAGUAUUAUCUGCGGAGUGCCUGAUAUUUUGACGGUGUGACGAAAAUUUUACCAAUUCUUCUUUUUUCUUGAAUGAAGAAGAAAAUUUGAGGUUAAUUUUUGUUACUGCAAUUUAAAUGUGUGCUUUAUUGAUAUUUAAAAGUUAUGUGCACAUGGACAUAUUAAGAUUUUUAGUAUUUUAUAUUUGCCUGCAAAAAAAUGGGCCUUUUCUUAUUCCUUUUUGACUAUGGUCCCUAUUGGGCCAGUCGCCAAAAGAAUGGACUUUUCUCCCAUUACUUGGUUAUGAUAAAGUCCAUGAUUUUGCACUAACGCGCAUGCGCAGUUAUGACAGCUGUAGAAAAAUGGUGAGAGAAAAGUCCAUUUUUUUGCAAAAUUAACUAGAGUUUAUUGUUUAUUAAGAAGAAAUGUUUGGUCAUGAAAAAUUAAAAAGUGGAGGUUACGUUUUGUAAAAUUUAUUUUCGGCAGAUUCAAGUAAAAUGGAGGUCAGAAAAAGUUAAUCUGUAUAACUUUGAAAGGGACUAAUAUUGGCUGCCAAAAAUAGGAAGAUGACCCUGAAGUUAGCAGACAAUUAGUAAUUUUCGGAUUUUUUUUUAAACAAAUUAAUUACAAAAAAAACAAAAACUAAAAAUAUGCACAUGUAGAAAAUUUUAAAAACUACAGGUGCAAUUUUUUAAAAUGUUUUUUUUUUUAUAAUUUGUUGUUUAAAAAAAAACAAAAAUUAAUGGACGGCAGCUAACUUCAGCAUCAUAAAAUAAGACAUGAUUUAAAUAAUUUUUUUUUACAUUCAUGUAAUUAACAGGCAGCUUGAAAUUUUCGGCGCCAUGAAAUGUAAAAAAAAGUUUGUUUGUUGAAAGAGGGGAGUGGGUAAAUUUGGCCAAAGGUACUCAGGUUGACUGUACAUAUAUAUAUAAUUUUAUAUUAAUAAAAACAAUGAUUUUUUUAUUGGUUCAAAUUAUGAUAAAAUUAAUUCUGACCACUGAGUUUUUGUUAAUUUUGACAAAAGAUUUUUUUUUUUUUACUGAGUUUUUAAAGAUUCUACGCUCUAGUUAAUUUAAAUUAAAUACAAUAAUUUAUUUAAUUUGUACAGAGUAGAAAAAUGGCAGUGGCCAUUUUUACGGUCAUCUAAUUUUCAGGUAUCAAAAAAUUUAAAUCACGGUUGUAAAUAACAAAAAAACAUGAUACCAAAAUUAGCAGACGUCUAAUAAUUUUUGGAUUUUUUUUUUAGACGAUAAAACAUAAAAAAAAAAUGUUUGAAAAAAUUGCACCUGUAGUUUUUUAAAUUUCCUACAUGUGCAUAUUUUUAGUUUUUGUUUUUUUUGUAAUUAAUUUGGUGUAAAAAAAUUCCGAAAAUUACUAACUGUCUGCUAUCUUCAGUAUCAUAAACAAACACAACCUUUUUUAUAUUUUAUUAAGAUUUCAAAGCCAAAAACCAAAGUCCCCCCCCCACCCAAAAAACAAUCAAAUUUAUUAUUUAAAAAUUUUCGAUAACCGGAAAUUCAGAUGACCCUAAAAAUUAAAACUACGAAUCUAAAAUUAACGCAGACCCUGUACUGCAUUUAAUUAAUUUUUUUUACAAAAAAACUAGACUAAUUAAUAAAAUAAUUUUUUUUUCAAUUAAAAAAAAA